GAGAGAGGGUUUCACAUUCUGCUGCUUUCCCAUUCCCUAGGAUCUCUUGCUGGAUGGUUCAGUGUCCACAGGUGGUAACAUUUGAGUGAGAUCCAUCUUUGAUCUGAGGGCCGUGUACAAUGGCAGGAGAUUCCAGAGUGCUCCCAAACGCGGACAUGGAUAUUGCAGCAACUACAAGAGAGUCGAAGAAAUUACCCAAACAAGCACGGGACAACAUCUUAACAACAGACAGGACACGCCUCCUCACUGAACCCAAGAAAAUCAAGCAAAGGUAUGUUGACAAGGACGGGAAGUGCAAUGUCCACCAUGGAAAUGUCCAGGAGACCUACAGAUACUUCAGUGACCUAUUUACCACGUUGGUGGACCUCAAGUGGCGGUUUAACCUCUUAAUCUUCACAUUGGUCUUCACUAUUACCUGGCUGUUCUUCGGAUUCAUCUGGUGGCUUAUAGCUUACAUCCGGGGAGAUCUGGACCAUUUGGGAGAUCCAACAUGGACCCCUUGUGUGGAUAAUUUGAACGGAUUUGUGUCUGCGUUUCUGUUCUCUAUUGAAACAGAAACAACUAUUGGCUAUGGUCACAGAGUUAUAACUGAGAAAUGCCCAGAAGGGAUUAUCCUGCUCUUGGUCCAGGCUAUCCUGGGAUCAAUAGUUAAUGCUUUGAUGGUUGGCUGUAUGUUUGUGAAGAUUUCCCAGCCAAAGAACCGAGCAGAGACCCUCAUGUUUUCCAAUCGUGCAGUCAUAUCUCUCCGAGACGAGAAGAUGUGUCUCAUGUUCCGUGUUGGCGAUCUUCGUAACUCGCACAUUGUGGAGGCAUCCAUCCGAGCCAAGCUCAUCAAAUCCAGACAGACCAAAGAAGGAGAAUUCAUACCCCUCAACCAGACUGACAUCAAUGUGGGCUUUGACACUGGGGAUGAUCGCCUGUUUCUGGUGUCGCCGCUGAUCAUUUCACAUGAAAUUAACGAGAAAAGCCCCUUUUGGGAGAUGACCCGAAGUCAACUGGAAAAGGAGGACUUUGAAAUCGUUGUGAUCCUUGAAGGAAUGGUGGAGGCGACAGGAAUGACGUGUCAGGCCAGAAGCUCAUACUCUGACUCGGAGGUUCUGUGGGGACAUCGAUUCAACCCAGUGUUGACUUUGGAGAAGGAUUUUUAUGAAGUGGAUUACAACAGUUUCCAUGAAACCUAUGAAACAAACACCCCAGACUGCAGCGCUAAGCAAAUGGCAGAGAUGCGGAAGGCAGGCCUGCUCCUAUCAGAACUGUCAUUCCCACGCCAUCCAAGUCAGGUGCAGGAGGAGGAAAACCCUGACAGAGAAGACUACAUCAGUACAAGCAAUCCUGCUGCCAAGACAGAAGAAUUGCUGCCUUUCUCUGCAACCGAAGACUCUGAAUAUUGUCCAGGGUUUUCCGCAAGGUUUGUACAGGGACUCGAAGAAGCACAGAAACUCUAGUGAGUUGGGGAUACCCCUGAAUGCCACUGUUCCAUGACUUAUUGACCAAACUAGUGAUUAACAACACAGCUGAGCAGAAUGCAAGGUGGAUGUGUGCAUAUGUGUUAACUUAUGGAAGCUCAACAUUCUACUCAUCAUGUGCAGAGUGAAUCAAUCAGAAUUAGGGACUGGACUAGCAUAAUUUGUACAUAAUGAAUAAAUGUCACCAUUUCAUUCUG